AUGGCUGAAAAUCUAAACCUCCUAUUGAUUGGAAAAACCGGAAAUGGAAAAAGUGCAACUGCCAAUUUGAUUCUGGGAAACAACGUUUUCAAAUCCGAGUCGAGCACGAGUUCCGUGACGCUGAGCGUCCAGUCUGGCACCACGACACGUCACAACCGGACUGUCCAGAUCGUGGAGGCCCCGGGGGUGGGGGACACCAGGCACACGAGGGAGGAGAGUGACCGGAACACGGUGGCCAACUUGUGUAGCGCCAUGGCCCUGAGCCCUGAAGGCUACGACGCGGUGCUGCUGGUGCUGCGAUACGGUGGGAGGUUUACGGAGGAGGACGUCAACGUAGUGACGUCAUUGAAGAAAAUUCUCGGCGCUGACUUUGUCCAAAAGUUUUGUGUCCUGGUACUGACCUGUGGGGACGUGUUUGCUCGGGAUAGCGAAGAUACUGGUCAAACAUUUUCUGACUGGUGUAAGGAACAAAAUGGUUCUUUUGGUGUUUUAGUUCAGGAGUGUGCGAGCAGGAUACUUCUGUUUGACAACUACACGAGGGACGAGUCCAAGAUAGACGAGCAGAUAGCAGAUCUCCACGAGUCCAGGGUACCAGCUGUCACUGAAAACGUCACGAGACAAAUCAGUUCCAUCAAAGCCAGACUUCUGACGUUAAGUAACCUGGAUGUUGACCACAAGCUUGUACAGUUGAUGGAGCUGGUUCCUACGGUAGAACAAAUCCUAAAUCUGGUGAGUUCUGAAGAUAAAGACACCGGAGUCUUCAACAGUCUGAAAGAAACAGCCGACUCUGUUCUACGGAGAAUCCGAAACGAAAUAACUUCAUGUGAACAGAUGAGAGCUGAGAGAGAGAGACAGAGACAGUUGCUGGAGGCACAGAUGAGAGAGAUGGAGGAGCGCAGGAGACAGGAGGAAGCUAGGAGAGCUCAGGAGCUUCAGGCAGCUCAACAAGCUCUGGCUGAAGUUCAGCAGAGAGAAGUGUUGGCCAGACAACAGGCUGUGUAUCACCAACAUCAUCAAAGUAGCAACGAAUGCGUUGUUUUGUAA